UUCGCUAAAAACCUAAAACCAUUAAAACCCAAGCAUAACCUCCACUGGCUGGCUCAAGAGCUCAACCAGAUGUUAAAGCUCUUCUCAUCAACAAUUAGAAAUUCAACCCUUCUUCAAGCACUAAAAAUCCCCAAACUCGAAAUUCUCACUUCCCAUUUCCAUAGCACAAUCCCGCCCUCCAAUCCCGCAAUCCAAUUCAUUCUUGAAGAAGCCCAGGAUGACCUCCAGUCCUCCCCGGAGCCAAUUCAACGACUUUCUUCUGGGAAUGGAGAGAUAUCGCGACCGACAGAAUCUGAUUCCGGAGUUAUAUCUCACCCGUGCCCGGAGUGGGUUGACUUGAUGGAAACGCUACUCAAGAAUGGAUAUUUCGUCAGCGUUGGUAACCCAUGUCUCCGAGACAUCGAAUUGGGCAACAAAGACUCGAACGAAAUACGCACUGCCUGUUUGAAUUUCGCCCGUGAUCAGUUUGAUCUUGUAAGAUACCUGUCCCAAAAAGAUAUUGAAGUGAUUGCACAAGCUGGAUGCCCCAGCGUGGAUAGGAAAGUUGUCAACUCUGGGAAGCGCCUAAGAGCGCAUCUGGGCAUUGAUGAAGGAAAUGUUUGCAGCUCCUGCAUAUUGCGGGGAAACUGUGAGAGGGCAUAUCUCAAGGUGCGGGAGGAUGAAGGUAGACGGACUGUGGAUGUUAUGCGUUUAUUAUUUAUAUAUGGGCUUGAUCCAAUAUCUGGGUCAGUGGAGAACAAGCCCUGCCUGAAUGAAAGAGUCAAGGAAUCAGUAAGAAAGUUACUAAAAGAAAUUGUGGAAUUCAGUAAAGAGGAAGGUGGAUAUGAGACCAACAAAGCGUUAAUCCCUGGAAGGUCAUCUACACAACAAAUUGCAGGAAACGUCAGAGAUGGCCAAAUGAAGGUUCCAAUGAAGCAAGGCGAUUGGUUAUGCACUAAAUGCAAUUUCCUAAAUUUUGCAAGAAAUAUCAAGUGCUUAAGCUGUAAUGACCUAUCCCAAGAAAGGCUACACAAUCUAAGAGCUGAGCAGGAUAAUCUUCCAUUGAAAAAGGGAGAUUGGAUAUGUGACAAAUGUAAUUUCUUGAACUUUGCAAAGAAUACAAGGUGCUUACAGUGUAAAGAGAAUCCUCCAAAGCGGCUACUUCAUCCUGGAGAAUGGGAAUGUGAAUCGUGCAAUUACAUCAAUUUCAAGAGAAAUGUGGUCUGCUUAAAAUGUGAUCACAGAAGACCUAGAGCAUCAAAUUGUGCAAGUUCUACCUGUUUGUCUGCAAGUUCUAACACAAACAAUCAUUUUAGUCAGCCUUAUCUUGGCACAGAGAAACAACUGGGAGAUGAAUUUAACAAGCCAAAAUUUGUUAAGGAUGACGGUGAAUAUCCUGAUGACUCAGUGUUAUGUAAUCAUGAGAUUGGAUAUGUAGAUUUCCCCAUUUUAGGAGGUAAAAGUGAUCUUUCUCGGAAUGAACAAAAGCGGGAGAAAUGGAAAAGGGAGAUGACAGAGAAGAGCACAAAAGGUGCAAAGGCAAAAGAGAAAGCCCAUGAAUUCAAAUCCUGCUUCGUUGACAGCAGCAAGCAUUUCCAGCUUACUGAUGAUGAAGAAAUGGCUGACUGGUUUGGGCAAUGAAACUAUUCAAAAUGCCAUACGACUUGCUUCGAAACAGUAAGAGCUUGAUAUACUGCAUUUUAACGAAGUUGAUUACUUAAAACUGUCAGCCAAAUAUCAUGCAAAUGUUUAAUUUCAUGAAGGUUUUAUUCCACUUUUGUUC